GAAAUAAUACUAAUUAAGUAAUGAAAAAAACCGGUGAUUAAUAAAUAAUGUAAAUUUAGUACUAACACUGUUGAAGCACAUGUGAAAAAUCUCACUUUUUAUUUUCCAUUGCUCUCUCUCUCAUCAUAAUUCCUCCUCUAUGCUCCUUCUCUUUCUUUCUCUCUGCCUAGUCUACUCUUUCUUCUGCACAUCUUCUCUCUCUCCACAGACAUCAAUUCUCCUUUUUGACUAAAAUUCCGCGACUGGGCUCUGAUCCAUUCCCAGUGCUUUUUUUCACUCAUUUUUUCCUGGAUUUUGUUUUCUCUCUAAUAAUUCUCUCCUGAUUUAUUAAUUUUGGGGGAAAAAUUACUAUGGUUGUCUGAUCAAUCUUUGUCUAUCUUUGGUGAGAUGGGUUUGGAUGCUGUUAAAGCUAAGGGGAAUUGGAAAUCGGAGAAACCUAAAGAGACUGAGAAUAAGAGCAAGAAGAAUAGCAAUGGCGAUGAUAAUAACAAAAGUAGAAAUGACGAAGAAGAGACAGAAGAAGCAAGUGGGUGUUGGGUUAAAUUUAGGUUUAUGAUUGGUUGCAUACCUUCAAAAUCAGACCUUGAUGCUUCUUCUUCUUCUUCUAUCUAUGGCUCUACCUGCACUGUUGCAACAAUUGAAAGUAAAUCGGCAAAUGAGAAAUUAAACGACCAACCAGUUGGUGGUCCAGUUUCCUCCACAACAACAACUAGCAAUGCAGAAAGCUCUUCAUCUACUCCAAUGAUCAGUGAAGAACUUAAGAUUUCUUCUCACCUCAGGAAGUUUACUUUCAAUGAUCUUAAGCUAUCAACUAGAAAUUUCAGACCGGAGAGUCUUCUUGGAGAAGGUGGUUUUGGUUGUGUCUUCAAAGGAUGGAUCGAAGAAAACGGAACUGCUCCUGUUAAACCUGGUACUGGCCUUACAGUUGCAGUUAAAACCUUAAAUCCUGAUGGACUUCAAGGUCACAAAGAAUGGCUUGCUGAGAUUAAUUUCCUUGGUAACCUUCUCCAUCCAAAUCUAGUUAAGCUGGUUGGUUAUUGCAUCGAAGAUGAUCAAAGGUUGCUUGUGUAUGAGUUUAUGCCUCGAGGAAGUUUAGAGAAUCACCUUUUCAGAAGGUCGUUGCCUCUUCCUUGGUCUAUCCGGAUGAAGAUUGCAUUAGGUGCUGCAAAAGGUCUCAGUUUCCUCCAUGAAGAAGCUUUGAAGCCUGUUAUAUAUCGAGAUUUCAAAACAUCAAACAUUUUACUUGAUGCAGACUACAAUGCAAAACUAUCAGAUUUUGGACUUGCCAAAGAUGCUCCUGAUGAAGGCAAAACCCAUGUUUCUACUCGGGUUAUGGGUACAUAUGGCUAUGCUGCUCCCGAAUAUGUAAUGACCGGUCACUUGACAUCAAAGAGCGAUGUCUAUAGUUUUGGGGUGGUUCUACUGGAAAUGCUGACUGGGCGACGAUCUAUGGACAAAAACCGCCCAAAUGGUGAGCACAACUUAGUGGAAUGGGCAAGACCACAUCUCCUUGACAAAAGAAGGUUUUACCGGUUACUUGAUCCGAGGCUUGAGGGCCAUUUCUCAAUCAAAGGUGCUCAAAAGGUGACUCAGCUUGCUGCACAGUGUCUUAGCCGUGACCCCAAGAUUAGGCCAAAGAUGAGUGAUGUUGUCGAAGCACUUAAACCACUUCCGCAUCUCAAAGACAUGGCGAGCUCUUCUUACUACUUCCAGACAAUGCAAGCGGAACGUUUGAAAAAUGGGUCAGGUCGAUCUCAGGGAGGAAGCGGAUUUGGAUCAAGAAACGGGCAACACCAACCCGUGUUUCGAACGCUGUCUAGUCCUCAUGGUCAACAUGGUUCUUCGCCUUAUCGACAUCAGAUUCCUUCUCCAAAGCCUAAAGGAGCAACUAAAUAGCUCUUGCGUGGUGGACGAAAGGCACAACAAACAAAGCUAAAAAGCUCAAGCUUUUAUCGUUUUUCAGCCGCAUGGAGAUAUUUUUAACCGAUUUUACGGUAACUCUUUAAUCGAUUAAUGUAAAAAACGAUGGAGAACGGUGAAUCCAAUUGGGUUUUGUAUGGAAAUCUGAUUUUGUCUUCCAUUGCUGAAAGCUUCUUCCAUUGACACAUGGUAAAAAUGUGAAUAAUGGAAAUUUUUUUUGACAUUUUACAUCA